CCGGGCAGGAGGAAAGGCGAAAGGUGCCAGGAAAAGGACCGGCGCCAUGCCCAUACGUGCAAGGCAGCCAGGGAGCCUGCGUGGUUGGGCCAGAAUCUGAUUCCGGCGACCUCGGUGAUGCCUUGACAAAGCUCAAAAGAUAGGUAUCAGUCCAAAUCAAAUCCCCUUAGCCCCAGCUGCGUGCCCACUUGCCCUUUGCCCUUGCAAACAAACCUCUCUUUGGGGCGGCUUCUUCAGGACCACCUCCUUCGCCGGCGAGGCCACAGAUCUACCGGCGCCGCUGGCCGUGGUCGAGCAGGAGAAGGGAGAUUAAUUGAUGAGCGGCAAGUUCUACUGCAUGACGGUGAGGAUGAACAUCGACUGCAACGGGUGCUACCAGAGGAUCAGGAGGGCGCUCCUCAACAUGCAAGACCUGGAGAGCCACAUGAUCGACCGGAAGCAGCACCGGGUGAGCGUCUGCGGCGCCUUCGUGCCGCAGGACGUGGCCAUCAAGCUCCGCAAGAGGACCAACCGCCGCGUCGAGAUACUGGAGGUCAAGGAGGUGGACACCGGAGGCGGCGGAGACCCGCCAGCGGAGGGCGGCGGCGGCCAGCAGCCUUGAAGUAGUGGCCGCGGCGCAGGACACAGCCUUCCCGAGUCGUCCUGCUUGCUUUCAGGUCCCAUGCCCGGGAGCUCAUGCUGGGUUGCUGUUGCUGAACGGGUAACCUAGAGAGAAAUGAUCUUUAGGCUUCACUACUUGCAGUUGGAACGCUGUAAGCACACAAAGUUGGCUAAUGUAAGCAUUGCCAUAUGCCGUAGGUGCACUCUUCGAAACAGAUACCAUUGUCCUUGGA